AUGAAAAAUACACAGUUACAACUUCUACAGGAAAAUCUGGAUGAAAUAAACGAGAAAAUCUUUGAAAUCAAAAAAGAAAUCAAUGUCAUUGAUAUAGCUGUUACUUCUCAAGAUGUUUCCAAACUAUUAAGCACUACAUUUAAUGUUGAUAAAUAUAAACAUCUACCACAUAAAAUUGUUCUCUCCUCACCAACAUUUACUCAAGGAAGAAUCCAUGGAGAGCAACUAACUAAGUUGUUUGGAGCUUUAUCAUUUACUUCACCAUUAUCAGACAGGAAAUGCACCAGUAUGAAGGAAACACAUCACAAAUCAACAGAAGCUGGAUUCUCUCCUCCAGUCAAACAACUGCUUGAUCAGCCAGAAACCGUCAUCACCAUAGAUACUGGGUAUACAGACCUAUACAAUGUGGCCUAUUUGGGUGAUAACGAAAUCUGGACAAGUGGAGAAGACAAAACUAUGAAACUAUUCAGUAUCAAUCAGAGAUCAUUACUCAAGUCAAUCACAACCAAGUCAGGUAAUGUACCAUAUGAUAUAGCAGUGACAAAAAAUGGAGGUCUAGUUUAUACUGACAACAGUGAUCGAACUGUGAACAUUGUGGGGAAAGAAAAGAUAGAGGUGAUCAGAUUACGAGACUGGAAACCUGACAGUGUUUGCAGUACCUCUUCUGGUGAGCUCCUGGUUAUCAUGAACAGUAUUGAUGACACACAAGCAAGAGUUGUCCGUUACUUUGGCUUAAAGGAGAAACAAACCAUUCAGUUUGAUGAUAAAGGUAAACCUCUUUAUUCACCUGGUCCUUUUUACAGAUAUGUUACUGAGAACAGGAAUAAGGAUAUCUGUGUGUCAGAUGAUAAAAAUAGAGCAGUAGUGGUGGUCAGUCAGGCAGGGAAACUGAGAUUCAGGUACGCUGGACAUACUCCUGCUCCAAAGAACCAACCAUUCAGUCCACGAGGAAUCACCACAGACAGCCAGAGUCACAUCCUUACAGCUGAUUUUGACAAUGACUGUGUCCACAUCAUAGACCAGGAUGGACAGUUCCAUCGUUAUAUAGACUGUGGACUGAGUGAACCAAAUGGACUGUGUACAGAUACAGAUGACAAUCUGUUUGUUGCUCAAUGUGAAACUGAACAAGUGAAGAAAAUCAAAUAUCUGCAGUGA